UAGGUGGAGCUGGCUUUCCUGGAAUUGUCGGGCAACUUUUCCUGUUGUGCUUGCUACCUCUUGCUCAAUCUUUUGCCUAAUGACAGCUCUGCUUCGGGAUUACUGGGGCUGUGAGGACUUGUGCCAUCUGGAUGCUUGUCUCUCUAGCAAUGCCUGGGUGUAUGGCUGGCUGGUGUAGUUGUUGUCAUGAAAAUGUUUUUCAGAAUUUAGAUCAGACGUUUUUUUCCCCUUCAGCAGAAAUGUCUCGGCAGUGCAAAGUGGGGCGAAAUCCAUCGAUAGCUGAUCAGCUUCCCUGGAUUUCGCAGUCGACCCUGCUUUGUUUUGCCUGAAGAUGGAAACAUUGGAGUCGGAGCUGACCUGCCCAAUCUGUCUGGAGCUCUUUGAGGACCCGUUGCUCUUGCCCUGCGCUCACAGCCUUUGUUUCAACUGUGCCCAUCGUAUCCUGGUCUCACACUGCACCCCCACCGAGCCAAUUCAGUCCAUCAGCGCCUUCCAGUGCCCGACCUGUCGCCAUGUCAUCACUCUCAACCAGAGGGGCCUAGAGGGACUCAAACGCAACGUUACACUACAGAACAUCAUAGACCGCUACCAGAAGGCUUCCCUGAGCGGACCUAACUCUCCUAACGAGACCCGGCGUGAGCGAGCUGCCCCCGACAGCAGAGCCAUGACUUCUCCCACCGAUCGCGUGCAGUGUCAGUUCUGCGAGCAGGACCCUCCACAGGACGCCGUGAAGACCUGCGUCACCUGCGAGGUGUCAUAUUGCGACGAGUGUCUAAAGGCCACCCACCCCAACAAGAAGCCUUUCACAGGCCACCGUCUGAUAGAGCCACUGCUGGACUCCCAUCUGAGAGGACUCAUGUGUCUGGAGCACGAGGAGGAGAAGGUCAACAUGUACUGUGUGACAGACGAACAGUUGAUCUGUGCUUUGUGUAAGCUGGUUGGCCGACACCGGGACCACCAAGUGUCAGCCCUCAGUGACCGCUAUGACAAACUGAAGAAAUCUCCUGGCCGCUUUCUCUGUGUGGGGCGUGAUCGUUCACACCAGGAGGCCGACCAGCAAACCUUGGAUUCCAACCUCAGCAGUCUAAUCAAGAGGACCAGUGAGUUGGAAAGUCUGAUGGGCAAACUUAUCCAAACCUGCCAGCAUGUGGAGGUUAAUGCAUCGCGACAAGAAAACAAGCUGCUGGAGGAGUGCGACCUGCUGAUUAAUAUCAUACAGCAGAGAAGACAGAUCAUAGCUACCAAGAUAAAGGAGGGGAAGUCUGUGCGGCUGAGGAAGCUAGCUCAGCAGAUCGGCAGCUGCAAGCAGUGCAUCGAGAGGUCCUCGUCCCUCAUAACACAGGCCGACCAAACUCUUAAAGAGACGGAUCACACUCGAUUCCUCCAGACAGCUAAGAACAUAUGUGAAAGAGUUUCAAUGGCAACAGCAUCCUCCCAAAUCCUGUUACCAGAAAUUAACCUGAACGACACCUUCGAUACUUUCGCUUUGGACUUUUCAAGGGAGAAAAAAAUGCUUGAAACCUUGGAUUACCUCACAGCACCAAAUCCACCAGUAAUCCGUGAGGAAUUAUGUACAGCUUCGUAUGACACAAUCACAGUCCACUGGACGUCAGAAGAUGAAUUCUCGGUCGUAUCAUAUGAACUCCAGUAUGCCAUCUUCACCAGCCACUCCAAUGUUGUCAGUUUGUGUAACUCUGCUGAUAGCUGGAUGAUUGUACCAAACAUCAAACAAAAUCACUACACUGUGCACGGCCUCCAGUGUGGCACCAAGUACAUUUUCAUAGUGAAAGCCAUAAACCAGGCUGGAAGCCGUAGCAGUGAACCAGGGAAGCUCAAGACUAACAGUCAACCCUUUAAGUUGGACCCAAAGUCAGCUCACAGGAAGCUAAGAGUGUCACAUGACAACCUGACAGUGGAGAGGGAUGAAACAUCAUCCAAGAAGAGCCACAGCCAGGACCGCUUCUCCAGCCACAGCAGCUACGGUGUCACAGGAAAUGUCUACAUCGACAGCGGACGCCAUUACUGGGAAGCUCUGAUAGGAGGAAGCACAUGGUUUGCAGUUGGAAUUGCAUACAAAUCAGCACCAAAGCACGAGUGGGUUGGCAAAAACUCUGCUUCCUGGGUCCUGUCUCGAUGCAACAACUCAUGGGUGGUGCGUCACAACUGUAAGGAGAUGCCCAUCGAGCCGUCUCCCCACCUGAGAAGACUCGGGAUAUUGCUGGACUAUGACUCCGGAUCUCUGUCUUUCUAUGACGCUGUCGGCUCCCAGCACUUGUACACAUUUGACAUCGCCUUCGCUCAGCCUGUGUGCCCCGUGUUUAAUGUGUGGAACCGGUGUUUAACAGUCCUCACUGGACUGCCAAUCCCGGAUCACUUAGAGGGGACCGGCUACAACGACUGAAGAAACCUGCCCUGCCACAGUUUCUUUGUUUACCCAAAAAGAGACCUGCCUGCCACCUCAUUGUGAUGCCUACAUAAUGUUGACAAAAUAAAAACAGUAACCAAACGAGAUGCUCUUAAUAUCCCAGGAUAACAUUCCUUGUUAAGUCCUUUGUUGAAAUUAAUUUUAAUUAUUUAAGAAAGUUAUUUUGAAGCAUCUGAAGAUGUUUGUCUUUGCUUUGCACAUUUCUGUACAUUGGACUGCUGGGUGGUUUUAGGGGUUUGCUUACAUUUUUAACUUCAUUCUGUUAUUUCUAAUACCACACACUUCACUUCCUGUGCUCAUGAGGUUGAUAAUAAACCUCCAAGUGACAAGCAAUAACUUUGACUGUAAUGUUUUGGAAUGUUGAAUGAUAGGUUAUUUUUAAUGAAAUAUUUUUUAAAGUCAAUGCUCCUUCAGAAGGUGUCACUAUAAAAUGUAUACUAAGCCACUUAGACCUUGUACCAUUAUGCAACCUUUCCAUGUCAUUGUUUUUUAUGGAGAAAAACACUUCAGAUAGAUUUCAGUAGAUAAAAGCAGCUUCACUUGUAAUGUGAAAUCCGUCAAAUCAAAUAUUUCCUUCAAAUAUUUAUUCUGUGUUCAUGUGCCAUUACAGACCUGCAUAACCAUUUUAAUCUUUGUUGUAGCAGUUUCACAAGAGCUCCUCAUUGCGGUUUUCACAUUUUAGUUUUCUCUGACAAAAUAAAAGUGACGUCCUCUGA